AUGGACUACCUCGUAUCGGAAGAAGAGGCAGCAAAUGACAUGGAGUUCUGUCCGUUUCCCAAAUCAACAGACGAAGAUCAUCUUGUGGAGCGAAGUAACGUCAGCCAACUUACAUUGCCAUCCCCAUCCCGUGCGCCCGUCGUGGAACCACAGGCUACACAGAAAUCCUUCAAUUCCAGGCUAGCGCAAAGGCAGGCACAGCGAAACUUUCGACAAAGGCAAAAAGAGCAAAGAAUGCGGGAGCAGGCCAGAAUUGAGGAACAAAGCAGAGAACUCGAAAAGGAACAGCAUACUAGGAAAGGUUUGGAGGAGCAAGUCCAACAGCUCAAGGCCGAGAUUGUACAACUCAAUUUCAGUGCUGAAAGAUGGAAGGAGAACUCCACGGUCCUGCAAGGAAGCGUGAAGGCCUUACAAAAGAGCCUCGAUCUUCUUCAUCGAGGGUCUACCGCCCUAUGCCAUGACGCCAAUCAACCAAGGGCAAGAAGCAAAACCCCCCUUAGUCCCUCCUCCAGUCAGCCCAGUCCAGGGAAUCAUGUCCCUCCCCGCAACUUGUCCCAUCUUCCAAAGUUUCUCGGGAAAGCAAAACUGCGGCCGAUGAUAUCGCCCAUUUCACCCAUGCUCGUGACCCAAAAGGGGGCACGUCUCCCCCUCGCUCCUCCCCGUCCCUGA